GGCGCUAAUUCUAAGAAUUGCAUCAUUUUUCACUUUGUCAUGUUGGCCGGCCUGCAACGAUUGUGUGUUUAAAGGCGGCUAAAUUUAACAGUAAUUGCAACCAGAUUAUUGAAGUAGAAGUACGUGAUGGUGUUAGUGUAGCCCCCCAAAAUUUCAUUCACUUGUUUACCGUCGGUAUAUUAAUCGAGACAACAGGUCUGUAAUUUGCUAGAUUAAACGUCGCUCUUCAUGAGUCUAUUUAUAAAAAAUCAGUGCACACAGUACGGGUUUCAUUUCGUCUUUCGCAAAAAUGGGUACACAAUAGCUUCAAAGUCAAGUUAUUUCGAAAAAUUGAAGAAGUGCGUCUGGUGGAAUGACCAAGAAGAAUCUGUGUUCACUACGACUACUGCAAUUCACCGUUUGAAAAAUAAAAUAGUUCCUUCAAGAACUUUUUCGAGAACGUAAGCUGCGUUUGAAGACUUAGUGACUAACUUGUGACAGUGCGUGACUGUAGUACAACUAAAAAGUAGACAUGAGCAAAUUAAGGUGUUGUGCGGUGGUGCUCAGCCUGGCCCUAAUUUGCAUCUGUGAUGAUUCUCUACCCCCACCAUGUGAUAGUGACAUCUACUGCUAUGGCCCACUUCUUGAUACCAUCCAAAGGGCAAAAAUCCACAAAGAUUCCAAAACUUUUGUCGACAUGAAACUGAGGUACUCACCGAAGGAAACGCUCGCGCGGUUCGACGAAUUCAUGGCCAAGCAUAACAAUAAACCCAACAAAGUGGCCGUCAGGCGUUUCGUCAACACAACUUUCGAACCAGAAGGACAGGAAUUCGAAAAAUGGUACCCCCAAGACUGGAUCGAAGACCCAAAAUUUUUGGAGAGGAUCGAAGAUAAGGAGUUCAGAGAGUGGGCGUCGGAUUUGAAUGUUUAUUGGAAGAAACUGGGAAGGAAGAUGAAGAAGGACGUCGAAAUGAACCAGCAAUUGUACAGUAUUAUAUGGGUACCAAAUCCUGUGAUAGUACCAGGCGGGAGGUUCCGAGAAUUUUACUACUGGGAUUCGUACUGGAUCGUGCAGGGGCUCUUAUUGUCGGAGAUGUACGGAACCGUGAAAGGCAUGCUCGAGAAUUUCCUCUACAUUGUGAAAAACUAUGGCCACAUACCGAACGGCGGUCGAAUUUAUUAUCAACAAAGAUCUCAACCCCCUCUGAUGAUUCCAAUGAUCAAAUCGUACUACGAAUUUACGAACGAUAAAGAGUUCAUUAAAACGAACCUUCCCAUUAUGGAGAUGGAAUUUGAGUACUGGCUCACCAAUCACAAUAGAACUGUUACCGUGGACGGGGUGAAUUACACUUUGGCUGCGUACGGCGAUAGAUCCAAAGGACCAAGACCCGAAUCCUACUCAGAGGACGUAGAAGCAGCGGAAAAACUCAAAGACGAAGAACAGAUAGAAAACUUUUACUCGGAAUUGAAAGCAGCUGCGGAAUCCGGUUGGGAUUUCUCGAGUCGUUGGUUUGUCCUAAAUGCGACUAACAAAGGCAACUUACUCAACACAAAAAUCCGUUCUAUCAUCCCGGUGGACUUAAACGCGAUGAUGUACUGGAACGCCGUUCUCCUUUCCGAGUUUCACAAUAUCGUGGGUACCCCAGAAAAAGCCGCGUAUUACGAAAAAAUCGCCAAAAACUGGCUGGAAGCCGUGACUGCGGUGCUAUGGCACGAAGAAGUGGGCGUAUGGCUCGAUUAUGACAUGUCGAACUCGGUAAAACGGGACUACUUUUACCCUAGCAAUAUCGCACCGCUUUGGACGGGGUGCUACAAGGAGAGCGAAAAAGACAAAAUAGUACGACUGGUACUCAAGUAUUUGCAAAACAAGAACAUUAUGAUGUACCCUGGCGGUAUUCCUACGACUGUUGAACAUACCGGUGAACAAUGGGACUAUCCGAAUGCCUGGCCACCACUACAACACAUGAUGGUAGUGGGCUUGAACAACACAGGCGAUCCCGUUGCACAAAGACUUGCCUUCGAAAUCGCGGAAACGUGGGUGCGCUCCAACUACAAAGCAUACAAAUCGUCUAACACCAUGUUCGAAAAGUAUGAUGCGACCAAUCCUGGGAGUCGUGGCGGCGGCGGCGAGUACGAUAUCCAAGAAGGUUUCGGCUGGACCAACGGAAUCAUCCUCGAGUUUUUAUACAAGUACUACAACAAACUCACAGUAGACGAUCCACCAUCGCCGACUCCGAAACCGGUGUACGCGUCUGCCAUGAAUUCCUCUAAACCGGCAGCCAGUAGUUUUAGCCAGAUUUCACCCAUAUUGAUAGCGUUGAUGAUUUCUCUAACGGCAGGAUUCAUAGGGGUAUGCAUCUAUAAAAGACGCAACCAAGGUGGUGAUUCUAAAAAGCAGCAGAGGCCUUCCAGAUCGCGCUACACGGAACUCAAGAGUAUAUCACCAAAACGUACGAGAAGCGCCAGAUAAUUGUAACACGACAUAUCGUCGAGUGAUAAGUUUCGAAUUAGUUUGUGCAAUGUCGACCAAGCCGGGUUGCUUUGGUUUGAUCCGGCUCAAAGGACAAUUAGCCAAAAGAAGCUUCCAACGAUUUGCAGUUUAAGUUCACGUUUGACGUAGCGCAUCUGUGUUUGCUCAUAUAAAUAGUAUUAUGUAAUUUAAUUGUCUGCGAAUAAGCAAACCACAAAAGUGCCUACGUUAGACGAAUGUUAAGGUAUAGUACAAGUUUAGUUAAUUUUCCUCGGUGUAUUGUACUAGGUAGAGAUCUUACAGCCGUCUUUUGUACACUUAUAUCUUCCUUGUAUAAAAUGUGAUAUCUAAGUCAUAUCGUGUAAGAUCGAUCAAUGUAUAUAACCAGCUGGUACUGGGGACUCAUUUUGGACACGAUGCUUCGACUGCAUAAAAGACAAUACUUGGUUGUGAUCUUUACGGUUAACUAAUUUAUUUUUAUUUAUUGUAUCGUAGUACAAUGUGACUGAAAAAUAAUCAAAAUUUAUUUGUUCUUGAUUUUAGGUUAUAGUGUAGUUUUAAAAUUACUACCUUGUGAUAAUGUUGAGAAGCCUCGCGUCCAACUUAACCGUUUCAUAUGAUCACAAUACUAAAGCUGAGUCCCAGUUCAUUUUAAGAUUUUAGACUUAGUGUCCAGCGAUUUAUUAAGCCGUGUACAAUUUUAUUAAAUAAAUUUAUUUAUUAUUUAUUCACAAUUUUAGUUGAAUUGUAGAUCAUAAUAGACGAAUUUAUUUAUUUCUAGCGGAAUCAUGACUAUAGUAAUAUUAGAUUUAGUCCACUUUGACACAUCGAGAUGCCAAAUGUAUAAGACGACUCGAAUAGUUUUGAUAUUAUUGCCAAUUUGUGUCUUAUAGCCAAAUUAGGAUUUAAUAUGAAAACAGACUCCAAGUUAUAAUUAAAUAUAUAUAGCAGGAUGUAAUGAUAUGUGUACAGAAUAUAUGUUACAUGUAUUAUAAGCAUUUGCUGUGAUUAAGCCGAGCUAAAACACGUUCAAAUAUAUUUGAUAAAUAAUUGUGUGAAAUAAAAUAUAUCGACCAAA